AUGUAUAAAACAAUUCUUUUCAGUCUUGUUCUUUUCCUUACCAUUGUUCAUACAAACAGUAAUCCACCUGCGACAGAUGUUUUUGAAGCAUUACGUUAUGUUUGUAAGGGUAAAUUUCAAGGUGGACUCUGUCCAUAUGCUAUUGCUUAUGAUAUUGCUACGCAAUUAGCUGGUAAUUGGCAUGAUCGUGAUGGAGCAACUGGUUUAUGGUCAGAUGGUGGACCCGCUAUAUGGUGGCCUAGUGGAGUAGGUCUAUGGGCAUUUGCUGAAUUUUUUAAUACGAUGGGUGGAAGAGCUACAGAUAAAUUAUAUUUGGCAACACGAUGGGCUGCAAUUGAAACAGCAAAAAAACAAAAUAAUUAUGUUCAUACUAAAUUUACAGAUGAUCAAGCAUGGUGGGCAAAUGGUGCUCUACGUCUCGAACAAUAUAUUCGAUCAAUUGGAGAUGCUACUCAAGAAUUAAUCAAUGCUGCUCAAGCUGUUAUUAAUGAUAAUGUUGAUCAUGAAACAGAAGAAUGUGGUGGUGGACUUUACUGGUAUUAUGGAAAAUCACCUCCAUCUACUACAGAUAAAACGACAAUAUCUAAUGUUUUAACUAUAUAUACAAUGGCAACAAUGUAUUCAUUUACACAUGAUCCAACAUUACUUCAAGGAGGUGUACAUGGUGGUGCCAUUGAUAUUUACAAUUGGCUAGUCUCAACAGAUCUACUUAAUAAUCAAACAGGUUAUCAAAGAGAUACUUUAGAUACUGCUAAUGGGCAAUGUCAACUAAGAGGCGGUUCUUUGACCUAUGAAUAUGGUGUUUUAGUACAAGCACUUAUAGCUUUAACUGAUGCAACAGGCAAUCAACAAUAUAUGACACAUGCAAUGACUUAUAUUCGCAAUGCUAUCAAUCAAUUUACACGAAAUAAUAUUAUUUUCGAAGGAUGUGAUGAUACAAACACAUGUACAGGAGAUCAAAUCGCAUUUCGAGGAAUAUUUUAUCUUGGUCUAGCCCGUUUAUAUGAACGUACACAUGAUGAUGCAAUUGCUCAAGUUAUUGAAGCAUCGUAUCUCGCAAUGCUCUCUCGUAAAGUCGGUAAUCGUUAUCCAUUGUCAUUGAUCAAUAAUAAUAAUAAUUUUACUGGUAAAGAUCUGAUUGUUGUUACUAUUGGAGAUCUUAAUCUUGCUUCGGCAAUGAUGAAAGUAUAUAAAUAUAAAUAUGCUCCACCAGUGGUGCCAAAUAUAGAUGCAGCUGUUAAUGGAUUGUUACCAUUUGAUAUUACACAUCAAGGAUUAACUGGAUGUGUAUGUGAUGAUGUUGGUUGUCCUACAGGACAUUAUAUGCAAUGUUUUAAUGAUUCAGGUCAUAAAGAUUCAACUGGUAGUCAUCAUUGGAAUGAAAAAGUAUCGGCAAUAUUAACAGGACCUAGUCAUCAAAUGAUGUUAUUCAAACCUAAAGGUGCUGGUCAUAGUGAUUGGUUAAAAAAUAGUCAAUGGUAUGUUGGUGAUGAUUGGAAUGACAAGGUAGAUUCUAUUAAUAUUGAUUAUUAA